AUGUGGGAGGAAGAUUACCCUCAUGGUAUCAGACUGACGUCGGCGAACCCCGGCGGAGAGAGGAAGGUUCUGAUCGUCUUCACAGCGCCGAGUCAGCAGGACCGAGCUCGAUUCACCUCUGACCUCCGAGAGAGCAUCGCUGAGGUGCAGGACAUGGAGAAGUACCGCGUGGAGUCCGAGCUGGAGAAGCAGAAAGGAGUGAUGCGUCCCGGAGUGAUGGCGGGGGGAGGACCGGGAGGCGGGGGGGCGCCGGGAGGGGGGCCUAUAGGCGGCAUGAAGGGCGAGGCGGUGAACGGCAUUCUGGGUAGACCGAGCCUCGACGACACGUACGCCUCGGUGGACGGACUCAAACGCACCGCGCUCAGCUCCUCUCUGAGAGACCUCUCAGAAACAGGGAAGCGAGGUCGUAGGAACAGUGUCGGGUCAUUGGACAGUACCGUUGAAGGUUCCAUUAUUAGCAGCCCCCGGCCCCACCAGCAGCGCCCCCUGCUGGCCGGAGGUCUCCCCUACAGCAUGAUGGCCCCCUCGUCUCCAGCAGCUUACCGGCCACACCGCCCAACUCAGAGCCCCGGUACAGGGGUGGGGGGUGGGCCGGGGCUCUGUCACAACCCGGGGGGGAUCAGCACCUCCCCUCUCGUGAGCGGGGUAGGGGCUGGGGGAGGAGGCGGGAUGGUGGGGGUGGGAGGCCCGAGUGGCGGCGGCGGCCUGCUGGGGAACUUUUUUGGGAGCAGGAGAGGCAAAGUUCCCGUUCCUUUGACGAUGACGUCGCCUCCUCCUCAGGGUCCUCCCAGUCCUCUGAUGAUCUCCUCCCCCCCUCACUACCCCGCCCCCGCCCCCCCCAUCGCCCACCCAGCCUCCCCUUCCCCGUGCCCCUCCCCAUUGCCCAACCUCGCUCAGUCGGACUUGGGAGGGGUUGGAGGCCUCGGGCCGUCCAAGCUGCAGGCGCUGCACGCCCAGUAUUGCCACGGCAACAGUGGAGGAGGCGGAGUCAGUGGGAUCCAGCAAACAGCAGACUCCGCCCCCUCCCUACCACCACCACCACCGGUACCACAUGCAGAGCGCCCCCCCGCACCUCACCCUCUCUCACAGGUUCUCCGCCCCGCCCCGGCGGCAGGGUCCCCCCCCCUUCUCACCCCCCGCAGCACCAGCGGCUGCAGCAUGGCGGCGGACAGCACCCCCGCUACAAUCUGGGCUUCAUCACCCCCCCGCCACUCUCCCCUCACUCCCCCCUAA